GGAUUCCUUCAGUUUUUAUAUGAGGAGUUGUGCUACCUUUGCCAAGUGAUCUUUCUUGCACUAAAAUAUAUUUAGUUAGUCGCUUGACAUCCCUGUAUGUAUGUUCAAUAUUUAUAAAAAUUUAAUAGGUUCGUUCGUACUCUUUACCAUGCGGCCAACCUUCCAAUUAUCCUUAAAUUCGCACCCUCUUCCCAGCCUCAUUAGUUCCUACAUACCUCUCCUAAGGUAGUAGUGACGGAUGUUACAAUCGGAAGUGUAAGAAACGGCCCCCAAUUAACGAUUCAUAGUGUUUUGGGCUCAGCUACCCAGUUACCUAGGCUUCUAGACCAGUCUUUGGUGCGACGCGAUGUCUUGUGCGAUAUAGAAGUUCAUAUAAGCUAGCUCAGGCCCUGUUCUUAAUUUCAACCCCGUAAACUUCUCUAUUUGCUUUCACUAUUUUGUUUCUCCAAUGCGAUGGAGAACGUCGUACAAAGCGGGAGUGGAAAUAACGAAGUCCACCAUCUCGGUAACCAACACGAAUAUUAUUACGAAUAUUAUUACCCUUCCGGUUACAAUACUUACACGGGUUAUACUGGUUAUACGGGCUACACGGGUCAACCCGAUGGCUCUUUCGAAUACCAACCAGCCCAUGGGGAUCUAGGUCAGGCCCAGGCCCAGGCACCAGAACCGUCACCAUCACCGUACUACGCCUAUGACAAGUCCGGGUCCGGGUCCGGCUUCCCGACUAUUAGCAGCAACCCGUUUCCUCCUCAGGCGCCCUCCCCGCAUCCUACACAGUUCGAAUAUGUCGGCGCCGAGGAACCUUUUCCAUUGACACCAUCCAAAUCAAAACCCCAAAUCAUUUCGACACGCGGACACAACUGGAACUUGGAGAUAGGGGCGCUAGUUGUUAGUUUUGGCGCACUGGCAGCCUUGAUUGCGCUGCUGAUAUACGUGAAUGGUCGCCCGCUAUCUGAUUGGAAAGGGUCCAUCUCGGUCAACGUCGUAAUAUCUGGUUUAGGGGCUGUUUCCAGAACAUCUCUAGGAUUUGCCAUCAGUUCGUGUCUUGGCCAGGCUAAAUGGAACUGGUUUAAAAAGCGAUCAGACAACCUCAUCGCCUUUGAUAGGUUUGAUGAUGCUAGUCGUGGACCAUGGGGAAGUUUGUGGCUUAUCAUUUGGCUUCGAAUCCGCCAUUGGGUAGCUAUCGGUGCGGUCGUUACAAUAUUACUAAUGGCCUUCGAACCAUUCCUACAAGCGGUUAUUUCAUUCCCAGGGCAGGGUGACCCGAGUGUCGAUUCCUCUAUGAACCAACUCAGCCGCAGUGAAGCACUUGACGUAGGCUCGUACACCGGUGACCCCUCGACUGGAGUUGGAAGUCUGGAACUGACGCCUUCUGACUUGGUUAUAUCUCUUGACCCCUUUGAGACCCUACCAGACCUAGGGAUGCUAUCCUCGUUCAAUAACGGGUUUUACAAUUCUUCGAACGGCGAGAAACAAACUACUUCAUUUACCUGUCCUACCGCGAAUUGCACCUGGCCGGUAUUCACCUCGCUGGCCGUUUGUAGCUCAUGUAGCAACGUAACGGACCACUUGCGACGCUUUUAUGAAUACGGACUAAACAAAGGAACUCUAUCCUCAAAUACUAUGGCGAUAACCGCAAACUUUACCGUAAAUUCUUUACCCAGUCUCAAUCUUUCAAAUCCGUCCGACAUUGACCUAUCCGAGGGCAAAACUCUUUUCUCCUUAGUUGCCUUCAUGUCUGCAACAAGGAUUACAGACCCAAAACUUACCCUCGCAUACCAAAAUUUAACAACAAUGAUCACUGCAGUAGAGGUCCUAAGAGCCGCGCCGGAAUACGAAACAGGAAAGCUGAUAUGGGACGAGACUCCAGUUUCGGCAACCGAGUGUGCUUUAUAUUUCUGUACUAACGCGUAUGAGUCUACCGUCGAGAAAGGUGUCCUUACGGAAAACAUUGUGGCAUCUUGGGCCGAACGGGACUUUGAUUCCUACAGUAAUCUCAAGUACGUUAAGAAUUUCGAUGCCUACGAGAAGUGGAAUAACUACUCGUUCUAUUCCCAAAACGGAGAUGUCAGCCGAAGUAAUCUGGAAUUAUUCAUUCCUGAUGGAGAAAUCGAGAAGUAUAAGCUACCCGGAAAUGUUACUCGGCGUUUUAACUUGACGCAAAACACUGUUGGUAGCACAGUGCGUUUUGUUAAUGACGAUCUCUUGAACAAGGUUAUGACUUGGCCCGUGGGACUAAAUACCGAACCAAUCCCAGUUGCACAGGCUCUAUAUCAAAGCCAAGAUCUAUCAGCUACCUUUGACCAAGUUGCCUGGACCGUAUCGAAUUGGAUGCGCGAUAUCUCCGACGUAAAAACCCCUGGCGUUGGGCGGGAGUGGAUCAUCCAUAUCCGUGUUAAUUGGUAUUAUAUGAUCCUUCCCUUGAUUACUAUAGGCCUCGGCUUCCUUUUCUGCGUGUGGACUAUUAUAGAGACACGUAGACUACAUUUAGAUCCUUGGAAGACGAAUAUGAUCGCCACCCUUACGCACUCCGUCGACGACCAAACACGAGCACAGCUUAGGGAUGCUGAUAGAGAAGGAUACUUGAAGAAGUCAGUUAGGGCUAUGACCGUUAAAUUUGAAGAUACAGGGUCUGGGUUAGAAUUACGGACUAAACAAGCUUGAGUACUUACGAUAUACAUAUACCCCAUGAGUAAAUUAAUAUUUCAAUUGUGUAUCUAAGUAUUGCGCGGCAUAUUUCUUUCAUAUUAUUAUGGCGGCGCAUUUUAUCAUGACCAUUAAUGAAUAAUCGGGGGAUAAACAUUAAUAUCAAUGCUG